CCAGCGGUAGCGGUGGUUGGGCGGUAUAUUCAUUGUAGAAUGGCCUUGACUCAGUUAGCUGAAGAAGAUCAACGAUGCAGGUAGAACACUCGAUGACGAAGUCUUGCUGACAACGCGCUAAAAAAGGGUCAUACAGUCAAGAAGCAGGAAGAUGUUGUUUAACUGUGAUCUGUCCAGACAUUUCACCUUGGUGUUAUGUAUUACUGUGAUCAUUCCUAAUGCAAUAUGGACACUUCCCAUUGUCCCCAGUAAUGUAAGGAGGAAUAGGGGUGAGCAGCAAAAGAUUGUAGAAAAGCAGAGUCCAGCCAAUCCACCACAGCUGCCAGUUGCAUCUCAAAAGGACAGCCAACCAAAUUCUGAUCUCAAGGUCAAGGUUGCUGAUCCUAAGGUCAAGGUUGUUGAUUCCAAGGUCAGGGACAUUGAUGCAGAGGCAAAGAACAUUGAUGUCAAGGUUGGUGAAGGGCAUGAAAAUAAAAAGGGGGAUGGUGGGAUGUUGGAAUAUGGGAAAGCCCCUGAUGUCAAACUCUCAGUAAAGAAACUUAAACCCCCAGAUCAUCUUGAUGCUGUAAAAAUGGAGCAAGAUGGACAUCUUAACCGUGAUUAUAAAAAAGAGGUUCUGCUCGGUGAACACGAAGAAAUGGAAAAAGAUACCCCUGAAGAAAAAGCUAAGAGGCUAACUGGGAUAUUUCACAUAGUAGAUACAAACACAGAUGAGUUCAUAGACCAGAAGGAAAUUCAAGAUUGGAUAGUCAAGAAGAUUGAAGAACACUUUGGUCAGGCAGCAAAGGAGAAUGCUGAUAUUUUCAAAUCUUUAGACCUUGACAAUGAUGGACAGAUAGCCUGGGAGGAAUUCCUCACAGAGUUCUUGGUGGCUUUGAAUUGGAAGCGAGCAGAUGCUGAGGUCAAGGCCAGAGAUCCCGAGAAGGCAAUGCAAGGAGUGGAGAGCGAACACCGUGAUCAGCUGAUUACAAACAAGUUUCGGUGGGCCGAGGCUGAUGAUGACAACGACAACAAACUGACGCUGGAGGAGUUCAAAAACUUUAUGCAUCCUGAGGGGAGCAAAAAAAUGACCGAAAACAUGGUUCGAGAUAUCUUGGAGAAUUUGGAUAGCAACAGCGAUGGCAUACUCAGCAUAGAUGAGUUUGCAGCGCUCCCUGGUGGGGAACUGGACGAACAAUUUAACACAGAUGAAUGGAAGGCGUCAGAUAAAAGAUGGCAGGACGAGAGGAAAACUGCAUUCCGCGAAGUUAUUGACAUUAAUAAAGAUGGCAAUCUGACCAAAGAUGAAUUAUUUGAAUAUGUUAAUCCUAAAAAUCCUAACAAUGCCAGACAAGAAGCGGAGAACUUGAUUGCAAUAGCCGAUGGAGAUAAAGAUGGAAAACUUUCUCUCAGAGAAGUGCUAAACAACCCCGAUCUCUUCUAUGGCAGCAAAAUGAUAAAUGCUGGAAGAAAUUUCCAUGAUGAGUUUUGAUUCAUCCUUAUCAUGUGCUUAACAGGGAAAGGAGUUCUUAACAAUAGUAAUAAUAGUAAUAACAAACCUUUAUCUACACCUUUUUGUGGCGUCGUUAGUUUGCCUUAUCCAUCAGAUGGCUAGAUCUCGCCUGCAAGUAUCUUGUUCUUCAUGAAGCCAAUGGACUUGGCAGUUUUGUUUACAAAGAUUAAUUGAGGUCAUUUAACCACAGGAUGUUAAGAUAAACAGUUUCAGCAUUAAAAUAGUGUGUGGAUAAAUUUCUUCAGCAUAAAAUUGGUGUGGGGAUUUCUCUCUCUCUCUCUCUCUCUCUCUCUCUCUCUCUCUGGGGAAACAUAUUUGGAUGAGAAUUCUCUUUUUUGUCUGAUAUGUAUUGUCAUUUACAUACUAUUAUUGUUAUUAUUAUUUUGCAACCACUGGGAUUGCAUCUCCCUUAGAUAAGCUAAGAAUACAGCUGAGCUUGUGGAAAAGGUUGAUGUGUAUGCCAAAUUAGUAGGGCUUUUCCAGUGCAUUUAGAUAUUAUGAAAUAGAUUAUAAAGACAACCAAUGGAGCUUUGCACAAAAUAAAGGAAUCCAAUUUAAUUGGCAAGGCAAGUUCUUAAUCUGACUUAAACAACAGUUGGUUAAUGAAUUGCAUUUGUGCGUGUCGUUACUGUAGUACAUGGUAGAGCAUGACAGGAUCUACUGUUUCCUGCUCGAACUUUGAUUUAAGUGUAGUUACAGGGCAAAAAUUGAUCAUUGUCAGUGGCCCUAUUUUUAGUAUUUUCUGAAAUGCUAGUAAAAUACAGUUAUUUGGAUAUAUCAACAUAUAAGUAUUUUCACAUUGUUUAGAUUUUUGUUUUAUUUUUAAGAUGGUCACAUGUAUGGCUACUAUUCAGCCUUAAAUGCAAAUGGAGAAUUGUGUGCUUAAUGUCAGUAUUUUUCCUUUCCAAGCUAAAAGGGUGGAGGGGCCACUUGUUUUUGACAUAUUAACUAAUAUUUUUGUGUUAAAUCAUUGAUAAAUUGGCAAUAAAUAAACAUAAUGUAGACUGCAGAUCUUCCAGUCCCAAAAAGUGCAAGGUCACUCAUAUAUAAUUUUCAUAAUCAAAAGUUGAACUCUUUGGGAAUAAUUGCAUUUGUUUUCACAUUGUCAUUGGCCAUGAUGGCAUUUCAUAAUACAGUUGUUGUUGAUGAUUGGCAAAACCUACCUUGUUUAAUGGUAGCCAGUUCUUUAAUUUCCUUUAUGUGGGGGAGGUGACUUGAUCAUACAUUCUGUACAUCUAUGUUUUUACGUUUUUGGUUCAUGGUGUAAGUAUACAAAAAUAUAUUUAGUGUAGAGAUGUGGAUAAGGGUCUAAAUACGUAUCUGUUUUAAAAAAAUUCAGCAUGUUAGACGUACUGUGUGUAUAACAUAGGAGGGAAUUUAUUUUUUGUUAGCAAGAGAAAAGCAGUCUUGUGUCCGUAAAUUGUCAGUUUAAAAAUAUGACUCAAGUUGUCUAUUGCAAAUUACUUUGGAAAAUUAUCAUAUGUUAAUUUUGUUUACUAGAAUAUUAAGCAAUUUUUAUUUAAAAUUCAUUUUAUUUGUAAUUGUUUAUUUUUUACACGAUACGAGACAUUUCUGGGUGAAGUAAUUUAAAGUCUCCUGUUAGAGUAGCACAUAAGUUGUUAAAGAUAAAGAAAUAUUCAUAGUUGUCCAUUUUUAUUUUGGACAGAGUAAAAGAAAGAAAGUAUAAA